AUGGGGAUGAAGAUCAAACCUUUAAUCUUUUUAAUUUUUAUUCUUUUAUCAAUUUGUACACAAACAGAUGUUGUUGAUGCUAAACAUAAUAAUAUAGGUAUCAAUAAUCAACAACAACAACAACAACAACAACAACAACAACAACAACAACAAUCUUACAAUUCAAAUGAUGAUAAUAUAAAUGUCUAUUUAAUUGCCCAUUCUCAUUGUGAUGUUGGAUGGAUUGAAACAUAUAACAAUUACUAUCAAGAGAAUGUAACUCAUAUUCUAUCAAACGUUAUGCCUUAUUUGAUUAAAGAUCAAUCAAAGAGAUUUGUUUGGGCUGAAAUUGUAUAUUUUGAAAGAUGGUGGAAUGAUCAAACAUCGAUGAUGCAAGCUACUGUAAGACAAUUGGUUCAGAAUGGACAAUUGGAAUUUGUUGGUGGAGGGUAUGCAAUGAAUGAUGAGGCAUUGACACAUUAUCAAGCCAUUUUAAAUCAAAAUACUAUGGGCCAUCAAUUCUUAUUGUCAACGUUUGGCGUUACACCGGUUGUGGGGUGGCAGAUCGAUCCAUUUGGUCCGUCUACAAUGACCGCACAGUUGUUCAAGUUGAUGGGGUUUAAAUACCAUGUUUUGAAUAGAGUGGACGACAGAACCAAACAUUUCUACGAUAUGGAAACCACUGCUCUCUUUACUAUUGAAGGAUCGGGUGGAUUGAUCACCAAUCGGUCGUUUGAGUUUGUGUGGUAUCCUUCGCCAAACUAUGAUGCCUAUGAAUCAGACUUUUCAAUCUUUGCCCAUAUCCUCGACAACCAUUACAAUCCACCACAAAACUGUUGGCCAAAUAUAACCGAUCCUGCCAAUGGCUAUUGUACUGGUUUCGAUUUCGAAGCAGGUGGCUCUGGGAAUCCAACCAUCAAUGACACCAAUAUUGCCGAACGUGCCGAAGUUCUUGUAGAGAUUAUUCGCACAAGAGCCGGAUACUACAGACACAACAAUCUAUUGUUGCCAUUUGGCAAUGAUUUUAGAUACCAAGAUGCUGCCAUCAUGUUUGAUAAUAUGGAUAAAUUGAUAGAAUAUAUCAAUGCCAACUCGUCGUAUGGUGUGACGAUCCAGUAUUCCACAGCUUCCGAGUACUUUGAAGCAGUGGAUUCUUCGACAACGCCAAACGAGUUCCCAAUCAACCAUGGACAAGACUUUUACACUGUGACCAACUGUGUCACUUCCUACUAUCAACAGUAUGGAACCUGUGUAGAGUAUUGGUCAGGAUACUAUUCGAGUAUGCCUCUUCUCAAACAAUCGAUUCGUCAAUCAGACAGUCUACUCAGAUCGGCAGAGGUCCUAUUCUCGUUGGGCACAUCUGUUUACGAUGCGCGUCAUAAUAUUAUCAACGAAUAUCAAUGUUACCAAGUUUUGAAUCAACACCGAAACAUUAGUAGUAUCUUGACCCACCACGAUGCCAUCCCUGGCACAGCAAGAACAGCUGUUCGUGCCAAUUAUAUGGAAAUGCUGUAUCAAGCUCAAAAUGAUACACUCGAUAUGCUUCCUCAAGUGGUUGGUCAGAUCAUGGCCGAUAAAAGUGUUGAACAGGGCUACAAUGCUUCGAGUCAACUUGUGGCAGACCUAAAGGAUGGACAAAUAUUGGUUAUCUCUGUCACCAACAGUUUGGCUUGGAGUCGUGUAGAAUAUCUACCGAUUCAAGCUGGUCAACAAAACUAUGCAGUCUUUGAUUACGAUCAAAACCCAGUACCAUCACAAACAGUUCAAAAUAUCGCCUCCAAACAAUGGACCCUUUAUUUCCAAGUCAAUGUUGCUGCAAUUGGUAUCUCGUCCUAUUUUAUUGUUGCAGUAGGUGAUCUUACUCAAGACACAUUGACCCAUGAAGAUAAAUUAAGAAUAUCUUCCCUACUCGGUGGUCCCAACAAACCCAUUCAAGAUAUUAUCAUUUCUCAAAGAUCUGUCAGUGAAAAGGUAACUUUUUCAAUGUUGACAAUUGGUAAUAAUUUGUUUAAUCUUGAAUUCCAAGCCAACAAGAAAAACAAUGGUAUAAUGGAAUUGGUUGGAUAUCAAGAUUUGGUUCAAGGUAUUACAUUGCCAUUGAGUCAACAAUUGAUUGAAUAUUAUGCAUUGGAUGAUGAUGUCUAUGAAUUCCGACCGUAUAAUCCAAUUCCACUCGCCGCUACCUCUCCACAAGUGUAUCUAACCGAAGGUCCACUCGUCCAACAAGUCACCAUUGUCUAUAGUAAUAAUGCAAGCCAAGUCUAUACUGUUUUUAAUGAAACUACUCUCAACUCUGGAUCGGGUGCUCAAGAGUCACAAUACUUUUUGGUAGAAAAUACAGUGGCAGUAGGAUGGAACAAGGAGAUUUCAAUGCGAUCAAACACUUCUGUAAACAAUGGCCGUACUUUUUACUCUAACAACGGACUAGAGGCAAUGAAGCGAGAGUAUGGAACCAAGUUUAAUGACACCACACCAUGGAGUAUGAUUGCGGGCAACUACUAUCCAUCGAUCAAUAUGGCAAUGAUACAAGAUUCCCAAAAUGAAUUGGUCAUUCUCAAUCGCCAGAGUAUGGCAUCAAGUAGUCAAGCUCCUGGGUCACUCGAAGUGUUACUGAUUCGCCGUGACAAUUUUACAGAACCUGCAACUGGCCAAGACAUGGAUGAUACGAGCACCGUAACAUUCUCACAUCGUAUUCUUUUUGGAGAAAAGUCUAGUUGUGAACUCAUUCGUACACCACAUUCUUUGGUUCAUGAAAAUCCAUUGCUCCCAAUGUUUGCACAACUCGAUGAAUCAAAGACCAUCCAAGAUUAUGCCGACAAUCACAAAGUCUUUUUCCAACCACUUGAUGCAGGGCAACAAUUCCCAGCCAAUCUUCAUCUCUUGACACUUACACGUCAAUGGUUAGACAAUCCAUCGAUAUUAUUACGAUUAGUAAACAUCUAUGAAGUCGGUCAAAAUAGUAAAUAUUCCCAACCAUCAACCAUUUCAGUCUCAUCAAUCUUUAAUCAAUUCAAUAUUUCUCAAGUCGAUGAAACCACAGCAAGUGGAAAUGCUAUCAUUGAAAAUCAAGUCAAUCUACCAUUAGUUGUAACAUUAAACCCAAUUGAAAUUAAAACCUUUAUAAUGGAUUUUGAAAGUCAAAAGGAUCAAGAUGAUAUCCACUUAUUUAAAAUCAAUCAAUAA